UUGGUCCUGUGACCGGAAGUGCAGAAACGCGGAUGUGCUUUGUUGUUGUUUCUCGUCAGCUGUCAGCUGUUUUCUGCAGAUGUAGAUUUAUAAUAAUCACAGAGAGAGGAAACGGUCGCUAACCAGAGGAAGAAGGUUUUUCCUCUGGAUCGUCAUCAUGGAGGAGCCCACAGCCUCCGGUGUGUUCUGCGGCAGGAUGCUGAGCAUGGUCAACUCCGAGGACGUCAACGCCAUCAUCCAGGCUCAGAGACACAUGCUCGACCGCUUUGAGAAAACCAACGAAAUGCUGAUCAACUUCAACGGGCUGUCAAAUGUGCGACUGCAGCAGAUGAACGAGCGCUUCCUGCUCCACACACGAACACUUGUGGAGAUGAAGAAAGAUCUGGACAGCGUCUUCAGACGGAUCAGGACACUUAAAGGGAAGAUCGCUAAGCAGUACCCAGAAGCUUUCAGCAAUAUCCACGAGUCACCGAUUCCGGAGGACGACGAUGACGAGUUUGACCCAGUUCCCCCCAGUGUCCCCACAAUGAUCACAACGGCCACCUCGGAGCAGAGCACAGAGUCGUGUGACACGAGUCCAGAUGUGAUCUCACCCACUGUGAGCAGAUGCUCCGAAGAUCUCUCUCAAGAGCCGCCUGACACGCCCACCUCCGACGUCCCAGAGAUGGCCGUCUUACAGGACGAAGGACCUGACUCUGUACCUGCGGAAUAGAACGAACACUUUGAAUGGAUUUCAGUCACUUGAAGUUGAGCUUCAAGCGAUUUUAGCAGGAGGUUGUGUUGUAUUUAUGUUGGUCUUCAUGAUAAUUGCUCAUUUUUCCGGUCAAACUUGAUGUAUUUGUUGGAAAGAGCUUCACAGCCUUGAUGGUCGAGGUGGCUGUGAACUGUCUCUGAGGAUGCUUGCCAUGCUUGUUUGUUUUUUGCCUACACAGCACUGAAAUAAUGCACAUAAUACUUGAAGUUGUACAGUUUGUCACUAUGGAUACAUAUGUCUUAUUGACACCAGAGUAAAAGCCCUCACUCCUUAUUUGUUCGAAAGCAUUUCUGUUUGAAGAGAUGCACUUUAAGUAACUUGAAAGUGAAUGUUUUCUCUGCAUAAUACUUAGUGUGCAAGUAGUUAAUACUGUUGUUGUGGUGAUAAUAUUGUCACAGCAUUAUUAUUCUAUGGACCUCUGUUACAUCCAAUGAUCUCAGCAGAGUUUUAUCUCCUGUUUCUUGCCCAAAAAAAUUCUGUUUCCUCUUCCAUCUCAGGGAGGUUGGAUACUAGGUUCACUGGUACAGUUAUCUGUGUUUCUGAUACAGAAAACUUUUUAAGGACACUAUAGAUUUGCUCUUUGAGAUGGAAACCACUUUGUGUGAGUGAAUGAUCCGACCACUCUGCUUCAAUGGCACUGAUUAAAGAUGCAGUUAUGGUUUUAAGAGGAAAAUCCUAAAUCCAAAUCCAAAAUAGGCUUAAUUUGUUAUUUCUGUCAUAUUUUCUGUUCACACUCUGAUUUCAACCGGAAUGUGUUUGUGUUUUUGUGUGAUAUACUUAAUCAGUGGAAUAUCUAUCUAGCCAGAUGAAAGUGAGAAUAAUUACUGGUGCUUGACAAAUGUGUUUACACAGGUGAAUAAUAUCUUCGAUAAACUGUCCUUCUGUUUAAAAAGGUGUGAUGUAACAACUGUUAUUACAAACUGAACCUGUUAAUGUUCCAACAGAAAAUAAAACAAGGAUGCAAAGUGAUAGAAAUUACA